AUGUUCCUGCGGCGUCUGAUUGUCUCCCAGAGACGCCACGUCUUUUGCGCUGGUGUGGUAUUGUCUGCGUCCCGCUUUUGCAGUGGAUGUGGAACAACUUCCAGUAGAGCAGAUUCCCCACCCACCUCCGCAGUGAAUGUGGAGAGUUUCACCCUAAACGAGGAGGUUGUGAAGAGGGAUAUGGAGGCGCUUGCAAAGUGGAACGACCUAUCGAGCAGAAUGGAUGCAUAUAGGGAAGAGAAGCAGUAUGGAAAGAUAUUGUCCGCUGUGGACGAAGGCAUAGCAAUGCUGGAAGAAAUGGGAGCACUGAGUGCCCCUAUCCAAUGUGAGACGCUGCUGUUACUGGAGGCUUCCCAGGCUCACUACAACCUACAGCAGUACGAUUUGGCUCUGGAAAGGGCUAAGAAGGCGAAACAGACGCUGAUGGCAGCACCGGAAGGAAUGCGAGACGCUGCAAAGCUUGGUGAAACGAAUCAGCUCAUCGGUUAUAUCCACCUUAAAAGUGGGAAACUUGAAGAAGCGAACUCUGUUUUCACAGAUAUACUUCGCUGGAUCGAUGUCGAUGCACGGACGGCGACCCCGAUGCAAGCGGUCGCAGCUGUUAAUAUGCGCCGCUUUAUUGUCACCGGUAUCGCACUCUGUUGGCACAAGGUUGCUGAAAGAGAAUGUGCAACUGGUGGUGACGGCAGGGAAAUGUAUGGAAAGGCACUCGAUUUGCUUCUCGAGGCCCUCAAUACUCAUAUCGACGAGAACGAUCAUGAAAUGGUGAAGAUGUCGCUGCUGAGCAUCCUGCAAUGUUUUGAUGGUGUCGGAGAUGGUAGCCAGGCUGUGAUAACGGCAGAGAAGUUGGUGCGUUGGUGUUCACGUCAUAAGGAUGAGCAAGGCAUCGCAGAAGGAAACGAAUGGCUCACAAAGAUGCAGGAAAAGUACCCGCAGAAAAAAGAGGAGGGAGAUAAAGUGUAG